AGAAUGGACAAAGAAAACUGCUCCUCCUUGACUGAAUUCUUUCUCUUGGGAAUUACGGACAACUCUGAGAUCAAAGUGACUCUAUUCACCACCAUCCUGCUUAUUUAUCUCACUAAUCUCCUGGCAAACCUCGGAAUGAUUAUUCUAAUUAGAAUGAAUUCUCAGCUGAACACACCAAUGUACUUUUUCCUUAGCCACCUCUCUUUCUGUGACCUCUGUUAUUCCACAGCAGUUGGGCCCAAAAUGUUGGUAGACCUUUUAGCCAAAAACACAUCAAUCCCUUUCGUUGGCUGUGCUCUGCAAUUCUUGAUCUUCUGUACGUUUGUAGAUUCCGAGUGCCUACUGCUGGCGGUGAUGGCCUUUGAUCGGUACAAGGCCAUUAGCAACCCCUUGCUCUACACGGUCAACAUGUCCAGCAGAGUGUGCUUCCUGCUCAUGGCCGGGGUUUAUGUGCUGGCCACGGCAGAUGCUUUGAUACACACGACACUAACAUUCCGGUUAUGUUUCUGUGGAUCAAAGGAGAUUAAUCACUUCUUCUGUGAUGUACCCCCUCUCCUAUUGCUCUCUUGCGCAGACACACAACUCAACGAAUUAGCAAUAUUCACCAUUUUUGGCUUCAUUGAACUGAGCACCAUUUCAGUAGUCCUUGUCUCUUAUUGUUAUAUAAUCCUAUCCAUCCUGAAGAUCCACUCUGCUGAGGGGAGGUUCAAAGCUUUCUCCACCUGCACCUCCCACAUAACUACUGUUACAAUUUUCCAGGGGACCAUGAUCUUCAUGUAUUUCCGGCCAAGUUCUUCCUACUCUCUUGAUCAAGACAAAAUGACCUCCUUGUUUUAUACCCUUGUGAUUCCCAUGUUAAACCCACUGAUUUAUAGCCUACGGAACAAGGACGUAAAAAGGGCCUUAGAAAAAUUGAAAAACAAAAUACAGUUUUAA